GCUUCCCUGGGCCAGGGCGGACCUCACCUCCCCUUCUCUCUUUCUUCAAGCCUUCUGUAGUUCUCCGUGCGCUGCCCUGUGCUGCUCCCCUUUCCUCCCCUCCGAUCCUUUCCAUUCCGGGGGAUUCAUGCUCAGCUCUCGCCCUCCUCGGUCGCCAUGCAGAACAACCACCAAAAGGAGCAUCUCUAUAAGAUUCUUGUAAUAGGGGACCUGGGGGUCGGCAAGACCAGUAUCAUCAAGCGGUAUGUCCAUCACAACUUCAGCCCCAACUACCGAGCCACUAUCGGGGUGGACUUCGCUCUCAAAGUUCUCAACUGGGACCAGGAGACGGUGCGCCUCCAGUUGUGGGACAUUGCAGGUACGCUCCAACUUUUUACGCAAGACUCAUGUCAAAUAGUCAGAGAGGGGCCAGUGAAUUAAGGGACAGAGGUAAAAAGAAACAAGAAACGACUUCAAAAGAAAAUCGAAAGUUGCUCUAAACAUGGUUGGUGUAUCUUUUUAAUCCCCGGUUAAAACUUGUCACGUAACUUUGUGAGAACAUGAAAAGUUGUAAUUUAUCGGAUUUUGUUUAAAAGUACCACAUGAUAGAACGCACAAGUCGUUAAAAGUUUGAUAUUGAUGGAUAAAAUUGAUUUGUUUGGCCAUUUUGCUGUUUUAAUAUGUUGGGAAUGAAAAGUGAGUUAGAAAAAAUGCUGCAUACUAUUAAAUUAACUUUAGAAAAUAUAUUUUUAUGCUUGUAAUCAAAAGUUUCCUCCUCAAACAUUAAUCUGCCGAAAGAGUUUGCUUCACAAAUUACUCAAUGAAUAUGUGGUUUAAGCUUGCUGAGUUAUAAAUGAAGCCUUUUAUUAGAGCUCAGCUGCUCAAAUAGUAACAAAAACCAUUUCUCCUCAGGUUUGGUAAUAGAUUUUCUCAGUUCAGCGAAAAUCAAUGCCCUUUCCUAGGAUUUGAGAUGUACAGAUAGUUGGUGGUUGGUCUGAAAACACAGUGAUCUAGUGAAGGAGCAUGAGACCGUUUUGUCACAGUUGUUCUUUCAUUUUUGAGGAUGAUAUUAAAGGUCAUUCAGGGUUAAUGUUCCUCAUGUGUACCAGCUGACCUGCUGGCAACAUGGCUUUAAAUCACACGUCAUGCAGCGCAUACCUACAUGAACACAUUUCAUCUCAUUUGAAUACACAAGAAAAACCCACAUUUAACCUUUAAAAAGUGACAUUUUAUAAAGUUAGGGUUUCUUAAACACAGCUUAACAGCCAGUUAGUCCGAUAAAAAAACCUCACUGUUCAAGGCACGUGACCUUUUUCAGGGCAUCAUGAUCCCAUGUGAUGUAACAGGGAGCAACCAUGGCAACAGUCGGCCAUUAGGAUUGUUUCUGGUCAUUAGAAAGAACAAGUUACAGGGUGGACUGUUGUGACAGUUUAUAUUUUGAACUUCUUUAAUAAACAAGCUCCAGUAUAAUUCUCUUUAUCACACCUGGAGGAAGAACAGUUAGAAAUGUAGUAAUUUAUAUUUGGACAAUGAGAAAGUCUUAGAUCGUUUCCUGCUUUGUAUACGGAUCUUUGCUUGACAUUGUUGAACACUUUAAGUAGAAAUAAAAACGUCCCUUGAGUGGGAUGCUGUUGGGUUUGAUUACAAAUCUAGAGGCUGUGGCGGGCUCAUCUCACAUGAGUGUCGGCUGAGGUUUAGAAGAAUCCUCUGACCUGCUGCUCUCUCCCCUCCUGUGCGCCCUCUCCAGUAAGCGCAAGCGGUCAUGUGUCUCAAACUCAUGUGAGGGAGAUUUGAGGCCCGAGCUCGUGUAUACAGAAAGCUUUUAUUGUGAACUCAAGAUGAGUUGCUCCCUCUGAAGAAAACGGCGAUAAAUCUGUAUUAUACAAGUCAUGUACAUAGUUGUUAGUAUUCUGUUUAGCUUAGGUGACGUCUGUGUCAUGUUCUCCAUGUAGCUUGAAGAUAAGGUCAAAUAAAAUGAAUUAAAAAAUUAUGGCAUCGUUUUGCUUGUGACAUUUAGAAAUCACAUCCAAAAGGAUUUGUUCUAGUUUGUGCUCUUGUUUUGCUUUUCUGGUUGCUUUUGGAGUUUGACGAUGGCCUGAAGUUCUCUCAUGCCGGAGCUGUAAUAAAUCAUGAGGUUUUUCAGCGUUUUUCUCCAGACAAAUAAUGGCCUUAACCUUUCUAUUUUGGACUCUCAUUUUUCAUCUGCUAAGACUGAGGGGCUUGCUGCACUGGCAAACGUGAUGAAGACUUUAUCGAGGCUGGUGUAGUACUUCUCUUGGGGCUUCUUAAACUAUUUAGACUUUUUAAAGGGAUUGAUCAGAAAAAGGCUGCCUGGAUCACUAAAAUAUUAGCCCUCGGACUGUCCAGAUUCUUGAAAUUGUAUGAAUAGACUUAUUUAGCUGUGGAAGUCUGUGCUUCAGCUCAAGUUUUAGUCCUGAUGCUUUGGGCCUCUGUUGUACUUAGUCAGGACUCGCUUAUUGCCUCAUUUCUCUGCUAAUGAACUCAGUGACUCUCCUUACAUUAGGUAACUAAUGUACCAACUUUCUCAAUCAGUUUCUUACCUUGGGAACUUUGUCCUAUGUUGACACACAGAAUUAGGCUUUGCUUUCACUUUUUUCCCUGUUCACUUUCUACCUUUUUUUUCACUUAUGCACCAAUCAGAACAAACAACUUUGGAAUCAAGUUGUUUGAUAAUGUUGCCUGACUGGUGUUAGUCAAGUCUGAUCAAACUACUUCUCUCAAUCAUGAAGAACAACAGCACAAACUUCUCAUUUGUUAGAGUUAAUGGCAGUGCCAAACAAGGCCUUUCAUUUAAUCAUAUGAUAAAUUUACAUUCAUUCAUGCAACUGAGAGCUUCGCCUCUAAGGGUCCAGAGACUUGCUAAAGAAACAUUUUCUAUGUAGGCUUUGGGACAAAGGAUUGAGUCGUCGACCUUCCUGUUCACGAUCAAUUGUCUGGUCACAGCCGCCUCAUGCUGUUUUUCAGAAAGACACUUUUGUUAAAGAUUCAUAUGUCCUCUACAAUGUCAUUGCCCAGAAAAUAAUCCUGUGUGCUGACUUAUACAGAGGUAGAAACUCGGUAGGCGGUAAUACUAGAGUAUAAACGUUGUUAAUAUGAUCCAAGGUUGUGUCCUUCUAAUGCUGCAUGUCCUCAGAGAAGUCACACCUCCUCCCACCUGCUCUCUGUUUACCCUGUGCCCUCAUCCACCUGUGCAAGAGCACUUGAGAGACAGUGUUCCUACACAGCACCUUAUAAAUGAAUUCAUACUCUUUUCAUCCUCCCUGGAAAAAUAAAUUUUUGUUUGGACCAGAGUUUUAGUUCUUUUUAGUCCACAUUGUGAGGAUUUCUUACUUUGCCUUGAAGCAGGCUGUGCCUUAGUUUGAGACUGGUACUGAUAGUGAGCAGGUUAUAGAUGGGAAAAUCAGUGUGGAUACAUUCCAACCCAGCUUAUCAAAUUCAUUUUUCCCUCAGGAAUGUCUUACAGGCGAGUUCACAGGCAGGCGCCACAAUACAUACCAAAGACACCUUUCGCCCUCUCAUGUCCGCCUUUUAUCUGUUUCUAAUUCUUAUCUUGUUGCCCUUAAACUAGUUCAAACAUGCAUGUAGUUGUGCCUGUGGUGUGUUUACUUGAGUGUAUGUUUGUGAGCGAGGGGAAAGGUGUGAUUCGGAUGCUUACAUGGUGGUACAGAUGAGAUAGAAGUGUGAUAAAAUGGCUAGAUCAGCUGAUCCAAAUUCAAGCAUGCACUAUUUGACAUUGCAGACCUUAAAGGGAUAUUCCAGCGUAAAAUUAAGUUAGGGUCAAACACACUGUAACACCAAGUUACACACCCCCUCGAGAGAUGAAUGUUGCCGACCACUUGCUUCUCUAGUUAUACCAACUUUAGUAACGACCGCACGAUAGCAAUACACAGCGGUCUCAGGAGCCAAGCUUAACCAAAACGCCACUCUAUAGCCACAAAUAAUGCUCAGAACAGCACCUAACUUCAUCAACAAUACAUAUAGUGUCCCAGCCACCAAACAUCUUUUUAGCUUUGCCUGAUUUCUUUAGCAAAGAGACUAAACACAACUCAGCAGCCGCUUGUUUGAAGGAAGACCUGGGACGAGUCCAUCACCAACUGCAGUGGGGUGAUAAAGCUCAAGGAAGAACAUUUAUGAUCAUUACUUUAUCAUGUCCUUGAAGUAAUAAUCAUCAUAUUAAUUAUUUUGCACCUCAGCAUCUUGGUCUGAAUGCAUUUCCAUGAAGAAAUGAUCAUAAAUGUUCUUCCUUGAGCUGUGUCACCCCACUGCAGUCGAUGCAGAUAUUGUAUGUACUGUUGAUGUAGUUAGGUGCUGUUCUGAGUAUUAUCUGUAGCUAUAGAGUGGCGUUUUGGUUGAGGUGUGCGUGUGUAUUGUUAUUGUGCGGUCAUUACUAAAGUUGGUAUAACUAGAGAAGCAAGCGAACGGCAACAUUCAUCUCUCGAGGGGGUGUCUAAGUUCGUGUGUUUGACCCUAAAUUAAUUUUACGCUGGAAUUUCCCUUUAACACUGGCUUCAAACUGGUUUCUUUGCAUGCAUACAUCUAUGUCCUUGUAUGUGUGUGUGUUACAGGUCAGGAGAGGUUUGGCAACAUGACCCGAGUUUACUACCGCGAGGCCAUGGGUGCCUUCAUCGUGUUCGACGUCACGAGGCCCGCCUCCUUUGAGGCCGUCACCAAAUGGAAGGAGGACUUGGAUUCCAAACUGACACUUGCCAAUGGGAAACAUGUAGCCACUGUGCUUUUGGCUAACAAAUGUGACCAGGGCCGGGAAGUACUGACCAAUAAUGGAAUAAAGAUGGAGCAGUUCUGCGAGGAGAAUGGCUUUGUGGGAUGGUUCGAGACGUCAGCUAAGGUGAGACACACAGAUAUAAAACAGUACAAAACAGCAGAUGUUUGUCUCUGUUAGUGUAUUCUUCCUGUUUAAAUGUCUCCGUCAAGCUGCUGCCUUCCUACGUAUAGAAGACCCAGUAUAUGAUCACCCUGUGGAGAUAAGGGAAAAAAUGCUCCUGCUGAGGCACACUCAGAGGAGAUUCUUUGAAAGUACUGAAUUUUACACUCUUUCAGUCUACACAUUUGCAUAUGUAAAAGGAAAAAGCCUCACUCAAAUUUGAGUCUCUCAGCAGACUUUGCAGCCGUUCUUUCAUAUCAUCAGCAUCUGCGUUAGGAGCUCCACCAUCCAUACAGGGUGUCAAGGCAUAUCAAGAGGAUUUACUGGUUUGUUUUUUUGGAAAUAUAAUGAUCCUCUUUCUGCUAAAAGUGAGAUCGGCUUAUGAGGAUUGAGCUCAGAGAAGAAGAAAGCUAAGCCCAGCGUUAAGAAUGGAAACAAAGGGAAAUGGUUACAGCUGAUGGCUGAAGGACCAAAGAAAACCAACAAUGAAGCUUCCAUUAGUAUCUGAUCAUAAUUGAUGGAAACAUUUUAACAAUAUAGACAAAAAUUUAUUAUUUAAUGGGACUGGCAGAUGCCCAUUGUAAGUUAAAAGUGUAAUGUUAAACUUCAAUUUAAACUGAAGAUAAACCCCAAUUAUCAAUUACAUCCACGUACAUAAAGUAACCACAUAUGGAACAUAAAAAUAAAACUAUGAAACAUUUUAAAAAACUCUAGCACACUAAAGUAAAGCCUGACUCAACACUCAUUGACGCAGGCGGGGAUGUGAGAAUGUGCUGAGUAAAUUCUGACUGGUAAGGACUCACCCCCUUACACACUAACACACAAAGACACCAGCCUAAGCCCCGUUUAUAGCUGCUUAUGUGGAGCAGGAAUCUCUCAGCAGCGUGAUAAGAGAAGAAAAUAGACACGCUCACUCAUCACAGCUGCAAAAUCCAGUUUUUGGACGUUGACUUUAGGCUGUUAGAAGGUGCUGGCACUAUGCUGCUACAAUUACAGGGUCCAUUCAUUCAUUUUAAAAAGCCCUUUGAUGAUAAUAUCCACGCUCUAGUGAAAGGUACUCAGGAUUAUUCAAAAUUUAGGCUGAUUUGGACUCAACUUGAAUAUGCUGCUUAAAACAACAGCCCAGUUUAUGAGAGGAGCCUGAAGCAGAAAAAAGGGCCUCUGUUUUUUUGUUGGUUUUCAUGCAGCUAUCGUGCAGUGAGUCCGAGCGGUGCAGAGUGUCUUGUGUAAUAUAAGUGACAAACUGUGAGCCCACUGCAAAAUUACCUGCCAAAAGAAAUAUUUCAAACCUUUAUCUGAAACAACACAGAGAACGCUCUGCAGGCUCAAGAAAACACCGGGAAGUGAAGAAGUGAAGCUGGAAGAUAGUAGAGAGGCUGUUAUUCUGUUUUGGUUUUGUUCCUAAAUCAUCUUUUGUUCUACAUCUUACACACAUACCAACACAAAGAUAUUGAUAGAUCAAGACCUGGCACGCAGAGGGGUUUGUGUGUGAAGAAGACAACACCGUGUAACAUCCUACUGAGCACACCGUUAGAUCUGAUGAAUAUUCAGCGUCUCUGCUGCUCCUGCAUCACGCCUUACAUAUUAAAAAAGUGCGUGCAUGUGUAUCCUUCUUCAUCAGUACUCUCGGCGGGUCCUCUCCUCAUGUGAACCUGACUUUAUUACUAAGAGCCAUUCAUCAAGUUUAUUCAGCUUUCAGAUCUGGUCCAGGUGGCUCUAAAUCCAUUGUGUGGCUGCUGUUGACGACAGGCUUUUUUAUUUGUGGUGUUUUAUUUGGAAAGGUGGAAGAGGUCUGUGAAUCAGGCAAGACAUAUUCCACAGGAUUAUCUCAGCGCUGUUGCAUGUAUUUCUGGUCCAAUUUCAUAAAUUGGCAUUUCUUGGCCAAGUUGUGUUCGGUAUACCGUGAUAUAACCACUUCUUGUUUCAGACCUUUGUUGCAGGUAAUCCUCUCCUUCUCUGUGCCCUCAAAAGUUCCUCAGAAAUAACAAACAGAUUAUUUGCUGGAGUGCCAAACGCUGUUAAAACAGGACCCAAUUUAAAUUGGAUUUGAGAGUAAACUGAGCAGAACUUCAGGCAUUUGAAAGUUCAUCUUAUUGUCACAGAUUCUUUCUUGUUAACAUCAAAUCUAGCUGCUCAGCUGUCACAGAAAAUACACUUCUCCAUUAUCCAGUACCCAGACACUGUAAUUUUAGGAUGAGAAUUUAAGUGGCAAAGACAUGUUAUUGAAAAGAUAUCCAGUGUUUUUAACCAGUACAUUCACUUUGGGUUCGGCCUUGAAUAUAUAUAACUUACAUUGCAGAUGCAGGCAAAGAGUUACCACACUGAUAUCUAUAUUUGUCUGCAGCCUUAAUUCUUUUUUCUUAUCUACAAUGAAGAAAAACUUAAUUGUUUGCAAGAGCAUUCAAACAUAACCCAAGAAUAUUGUUUGACAUUGUAAAUCAAGAUGUUUUUGAAAUGCCCAUUAUUCUAUAUCUGUUAUCCUCCUGUGCUGCUAGAUCAACUAUUUUUCAUAUUGUUAUUAAGAAGUAAAGGAGGACACGUUUUUAAAUUCUUUCUGCAGGUGUGUUAUUCCUGACAUCAAAAAAACAUAUCACACUAUUUAUACCUCCCCCUCCUCUCUUUCACACCCCACCUUUCAUUCACCCUCCUCUCUCUGUCUCUUUCUCUCUGUCUCUUCACCUUUUUAGGAAAACAUCAACAUCGAUGAGGCAGCGAACUGCUUGGUGAAACACAUCAUCGCCAGUGAGAAUGACAUGCUCCAGUCAGAGGUCCCCGACACCAUCACCCCCCAGUUAGAGAAAGACAAAGGCGGGACAUGCUCCUCCUGCUUUAGAGCCCAGUAACACCCCUCUUUUUUUUUCUCAUCCCAUCACAACAACAACAACACAGAGUCCAGUCUGUCUGUGAGCAGGAGACAGAGGGAAAACUACUUCUGCUGUGUUUUAUUUUUAAUCCAAGCGUUAAUAGGUGCCAACUACUUUUCCUUCUGGGUGGUGGGUUUUGCAGGCUGGGGUGGAAAGGGGACAACAUCUCGCUCAAACACUGGAUGGAGUGAAACAGAGACAGAAAGAGAGAAAGACAGAUGGAUGCAGCUGUGUGCACUUGUCAAAAGCAAGGUCACCCUCUGGGCGACAUCAAGCCUUGACACUGCCUCUUCAGUUACCAUGGAGACACAAUUAAUGAACACAUGCUCAGAAAGAUUGCAGCGAAUCGCAGUGUAUCUGUUCUUAGGGUUCAUGGAGGUAAUCUCUGUUUACACCGUGUUAGCUGUCUGUCUUUCUCCCUCAUGCUCCCCCCCUUUGUACCUUUAUCUUCCUUGUUCUUGUCCUCUUUAUCGCUCUUUUUUUCUCAGCUGGUGUCCUCUCUGUCUCCUCACCUCUCCCUUACAGUGUUUUACAGAUCUUCACAUGUCACCCUGGGCUUUUAGGCGGGCAAAAAGCACAUUUAUAUCUCUUAAUUCAAUGGUUUUAUAUUAAAUUUAUACUCCACUAUUCAAUAUUUGUAAUAUUUGUAAUUAUGGGAUAAAUGCAUUUAUAAAUGCGGUAUAUGUAUACAAACAUGUACAUAUUAUUUACAGUAUAUUGUGACAGAUUAUAGAACCAAAGAUGUAUCCAAUUUUCAACAUGUUCAUAUGAAUAAACCAUAGCUUUACUGACACUUA